GAACCCGAAUGGGGGCCCUAACUUUUGUCGCCUGACAGUUUUGCAGUCCAUGCCAUGUGAUGGAAAUAUAACAAUUGAUUCAGGUCCGACCGCCACUUACAUGACCACAGACUACAUCAGACCAACUCUGAAGACGCCGAAGCUGCACGCGAUAGCUUGUGAGAAUGCCCUCAUCCACUCAUUUUGUAUUGGUGAUUAUCGUCUGCUUACUCCUCCUCGUCGGCCCAGCGUCAGCAUUUGGAGCCGGCGAGGUGCCCGGGAGCAGCGAGUUCAAGGGUUACGUGUGGCGCCAUGGGGACAUUACCGAGGUCAUCAGACACCUCCCCUUCAGCUUCAUCACCAACCACCGUUUCACUCAGCUGCAGCGCAAGCAAAUCUACUUUGGGAAUUGGCUGCGCGACUUUUCCCAGGUCAUCGACACCACAUGCCUCGAAAAUGUUCCCGAGCCCAUUCUGCGCGCUAUUGUCUCGGUAAUGGGGUUCAUGGAGUUUGGCUUUGCGACGGAUGAAUUUGACGUUACCCGAAACCGACUCGGCUGCUACACCCAUGUUGAGCACAUAGACAACCCCAGUGGUUAUGCAGACAAUGCCAAGGAUGUUGACGAGCGCCUGAGAGGCCCCGUAGAUCCAAGAGAGCUGGAGACCGACCCCAAGACGGGUAUGAAGAACUACAUCGCCAAGUCGGGCCAUGGAUGGGCUACGUCUACCGACUACAUCCGGGACCAGCUCGAGCAGUGCAUCACGCUGGGACGGAAAGGGCGUCAUAAGGAUUCGGCCGCACAAAAAGAGUCCUUCAUCCAUCUUGGCGCCGCGCUCCACACCCUCGAAGACUUUUCUGCCCAUAGCAACUUCACCGAGCUAUGCUUACUCGAGCUUGGAAUAGACGAGGUCUUUGCCUUUGUUGGUGACGAAUGCAGGGUCGAAAUUACCGGAAGGACAGGGAGGAAAGUGCCACCCAUCGUCACGGGGACAUUUGGCAUGCUCGACAUAUUCCACAGUCUGCUUGGCGAGGCUGACGACAUGGCGAUCUUGCAAUCGAAAGGCUCCCUGGGUGAACUGGAGAAGAAACUCAACUACGGUGGCAAGGCCUUUGAGCAAUUGUUUGACCUUGUCAAGGCCGCCAUUCAAGCCGUCAGCAAUGUUUCCAUCGGCGAGAACCCACUCCUGAAACAGCUCGAGACCGUGGGCAUGAUCUUCAAGAAGGCCAAGGAGGAUUCGUUGACGUCGGAUUCUGGCAACGGCUCCGGUAUUACGAAUCCCAACUUUCUCUGGCAGUCCAUCGAGCCAGUAUUCUACCUCCAUGAUCGAAUCUCGAAAUGGCUGCAAGAAGGCGACGAGACAACCAACGAACCCACAUCUGACGACUCCAACAGCCAACUUGGAGAGUACACCAAUCAAUUAGUCUACCGAUUUCUUGGUCUGAUGGUUGAAUCUUCAGUUAAGGAACUGCGAAACGCCGUCAAAGCGGCCAAGAGCAGGGUUGACGAAGAAGCAGCCAAGGCGAACUCGGCAGCAGUCUACGAAGCUGGGUCAUCCGCAUCCGACCCGAGUCAUUCAGAUCUUUCCAAGGACCAUUUCAGCAACGUGCUAAACCAACCUGCGGGCCUCGUGGCCACCGUCACAACCAAUUGGACCACGCAACAAAUCGUCAAAUGCUGGGACAACCCUAAGCUAAAUGCCAACAAGACCAUUGACGAAAUCCUCACGAUUCUGCACCAUCCCGCUUUUGUCGAGAAGAAGACCCCUAUUCAGCAAUACAUGUUCGAGACGAUCGAGAAGUGGUGGCGAGACAACCUGCCAGAUGAGCAGCAACGGCUCCGUAGCAAACUCACCAAAGGAAGCGUGCAGGCCAGGGGUCACGAGAACCACAAGCUCACGCUCAAAGAUAUCGAGGGGAAGCACAAGGGCAUGGCUGAGUUCCCGGGAUUUAGGCCCGACGUACAGCCACCGCCCAAGAAAAUCUCCUUCCCGCUGAGUUGGGCUGUCAACGAGGCAUUCAACGACUUUUACUGGCUGGUCGGGACGGCGCGUAAAAGUAUGACGGACCCGCGGGGCGCUGUGGUGGAUGUGGCCAAGGGAACGGGGGGCUUGGUCGUCAAUGCCGUACGAAUGGCGAUUACGACUCCGGCUUGGCUUGCGAGGAAAACGGCGGGGGUCGCGACCAAGUUGUGGCCGCUUGGGAGGUAACGGACUCAUUCGUAUCGGUUGGAAGGCGAUUCAGGCGUAGAGACACAAAGAUACAGACAGAAGAUGCAUAGCGAUAGAUGUACUGCCACAUAGGUUCCCUUUAACCCAACUGC